AUGCAAGCGAGAUCGCCUCGUAUUGGAUUUGAAGGAAUAUUUUCCGACGAAAACAUACAUCAUAUUGGCUUUGAACAAUAUGAGACUGAUCAGCAAGAACAUGCACCACCAGCGUAUCCAUUAAAUGAUACAAUGCCAAUUCCCGAUUCAUCUUUUCGGAACAGCUUCUCUGGUUUUGAUACUUCAUCACUUGUUACCCAAACAACACCAUCGGGUGCGAAAUCAUUACAAAAUAAUGACACGUCUCGAAAAGCAAAGACAAAAAGUCUUUCGUAUCCACAAUUAUCUGCGAUUUAUAAUGAAAUUGUUAAUCAAUGGUGUCGAGAACAAUGGCUUCUAUUUGAUGACGAUCAAAAAGAGACUUACUUAACGCUAGAUUUUAAAACAAGAGGAUUUUUCACUGUACAAAUGGCUAUUGAUCACUUUCAUCUUACCAGUAGUACCCACCUACUUUUAUCUCAACCUGAAUGUUUAUUAAUUCGAACACAAAAAAAAGCAAAAACUUCAUUUUUACCUAAUUCAAGUAUUUCCAUUGGCAAUUUAUUGCAGAAUGAUAUUUCUCAACAAACAUUUCGAUAUAAGAUUCUAGCAAUUAUCUGUGAAUCACAUGAAACAAAUAGUAAAUUAAUGUUUUAUAAAGAUAAACAAACACAUGAUUGGUAUGUUUAUUAUAAUGAAUCGAUAUCAUCACCGUCCUGUUGUAAUAUGUUAUCGAAUGAAGAACACCGUCAGAUAGAAUCAUUUAUUCAACAAGAAAAUCAAUUACAUUCAAACGAUUUAUCAAACUUUGCACCGCCACUAUCAAAUUUAUACAAUCAUCCGAUUGUUUAUAUAUAUAUACCGGACAAAAACAACAAAAAACAUUAG